CCCAGCCGUGGACUCUCCCUGCAGUUGCUGGCGAGAGGUGCAGCUGAGCAGCUGAAGCAUGUGCGCGGGGCCAGCUCAGCGGAAGGCAGAAGAUGGUGACUCGGGCUCGGGGCGGUUUGGCGCCACCGUCGCUGCCACUGCCUUUGUGUUGGUGUUGAUCUGGCUCUCCGCGGCGGUGGAGGAGAGGGAGAAGACCUCGUCUUCCCUGCUCGGGAGGUGGCAAGGCUCUGACAAAGGACAAAAAGAAGAGCAGCAGACGGGCAGCUACUACUCUGCCGCCAUCGGCGCAGCAGUCGGCGCCGCUCUCGCACUGCUGCUGCAGCGGCUCUGGCGGUUGCUCAGCAAGUGGGCGGGUCGCUCCUGCGAGUCAGCCAGCACGCCAUCUGCAACCGUACACCAGAAGACGCUGGCAGCGGAUCUGGGCGCGCUCCUUCAGUCUGGAGACUCUGCAGACGUCACCAUAACCGUGGGGGACAGCACGCUGAGGGCGCACAGGGCUAUCCUGGUGGCCAGGAGUCCCGUGUUCGCGGCCAUGAUGGCCCACGACUGCCUGGAAGCCAGCAGUGGCCACAUUACCGUCACCGACAUCGAGCCGGAGGUGCUGAGCCAGCUGCUGGUGUUCUUGUACACGGACGAGGCUCAGUUGGAGCCCCGACUGGCCCUCAGACUCCUAGUAGCCGCCGACAAGUACCAGGUGCACACUUUGAAGGAACAGUGCGAGUACGUAGUCUCCCGGAGCCUGCGCGUCGAGAAUGCGGUGGCGUGUGCGGUGCUCGCCAUACAGCACUCCUGCUCGAGUCUCACGGAAUCCUCUGCGCGCUUCAUUGCGGCCCACCUCAAGCAGGUGAUGGCCACCGAGGGGUGGGCCACGGCUGUGCGGAGGCACCCGGAGCGCAUGGUGGAGGUCAGUCGCCUGGUUGCCGCAGUUUCCUCAGACACCAGGUCUGAAGAUCACCACAGGCGUGGUCGAACCCGGUUACCAGAAUAAUGGACUAUCAACUGGAAACUCUGCAGGUGACUUCAAGUGAAGGAUCAUGGUUCUCGCCUGGUGUGGAGCAGUGAGCAUCAAAGGAGCCAUUGUCGUCAUCACCGAUGACCGUGAGGCUUCCAACAACAGUGUGACUUGCGUUUGGACAAUCAGCCUCCUGACCUGUCUAAUGUGGCUCACCAUUUCUUCACCACUGUAUUCGAGCUCUCCAUGUCAGAGUAGCAUCUUCACUGUUGACUCUGUGAUAGUUUUUCUUGUCAUUCAUUAUGUACAUAACAUUAUACAGUGCAAAAUGAGCUAUUUAAUUUUAUUUUUAUCAUCACCCUUUUGAAUUCUGCAACAGGUUUAAUGACUCUGUUCUUUUUGUUACAUUAGAACUAAGCAUAAAAAUGAACUUACAUGUUAUGGCUAAUGUGAUAUGUGUGAAGUAUACAGGGUGCUUUUGUAAGAGCAUGCAAAGAUGUUGCAGGACAAAGAGAACAGUUUGACGUAGGGAACCUGGGAUCAGAGAAGCCAGCUUGCAGAGAUAUGGAAGUGACCUUGUCUACCACUUUGUCUAGCAUUACUGUUUCCAGAUUAUUUACAACUAGUAUGUGUACAAGUUUACACGUACUGUGCUGUUAAUUUACUUGAACAUUCUUUAUUUCCUGCAAGGAAACAAGGACGAUGAGCCUGAUUGCUAAAAAGUCAUGAUACUGGUUUGUUUAUUUUACUUGUCCAUAAGGUGGCUCUGUUGUAUGGUAUUUAAAUUGUCCCAUCACAGAAUGUGCUAUGAAUCAACGACAAACCCAUUCAUUACUCAGUGCUAUGCAGAGACGUACAGAACAAUAUGAUGAAGCUCACAGGCAUCCAUCUUGUCUAUGGGAAAGGACAUCGCAAUGCUCUCACUGCUGAGAGGCUGUACAGGGAACGAUUUCCUAAAAUUUCUUGCUAAAGAUACUUGUGUAUGAGAAGGAAUUAGCUGCUGGAAUUGUAGCUGCCUGUGAUGUGAUUCGAAACACACCACGGAUAUUUGUCAGGGUGAGUCAGACUCUUCUUUGUCGAUGUCAGCUUGCAUUGAGGUUGAUGGCCUUCAGUUUCAGCACAUUUUGUAAGAUAAAGUACAAAUGUUAUGUUCAUUAUGUCAAUAAUGGUGUUCGCAGCUACAUGUAACUAAAGUAAAUAAAAAUGUACACAGUAA